GCUGAUGCUCUGUCUAUCAUCAGGUUAUAGGACUGGACAGGCCAAGAUUCUCUUAGAGGUGGGCCUCGUACGCCAAGUGCAGGUUUCCAGGCAGCUCUGUGAAAGCUUAAAUACAAAUUUGAAAACCAAAGUGAGCUGGAGGUAUUGGCAAGCCAGAUUUCCAGCCAUGUUUUUCACAAUACUGGUAGGUUUGGCAGUUUUUGUAUUGGCCGUGCUUUAUUUGCAACUUAAGAGGAACCGUGAUCACAUCGAGAACUUGGGAUUUCCGGUCGACCAACCGAAUUUUGUGCUCGGAAGCUCGCCAUUGCGACUCCAUAAAUAUGUACUCCACGAGGUACAGAUGGAGAAGAUGCGACGAUUCGGAAAGACCUAUGUCCGGUUUGAAAUGGCCCAACCGGUGUUGGUCACCAUUGACCCAGAUCUUAUCAAAGCCAUAACCAUCACGCACUUUGAAAACUUCAGUGACAUCAUUGAUUUCAAGAUUAAUCCAAAAGUGAGUACAUUGGAUUUCACUGGGGGUGAAAUGUGGCAUGUAUUGAGGAAAAACAUGAGUCCAACCUUCACAUCAGGAAAGCUCAGAGGCCUUCUCGAGCCCAUGAGCGACAUCGCCAAUGACAUGAUCACAUUCUUAGAUGAACGAACGGAAGAAAGUCCUGAAAUUGAUGUCAAAAAAAUGUUUCAGAACCUAACAUUGGAAACUAUCAGUCAAUGUGCUUUUGGAAUCAAAAGUAAUGCAUUCUAUGACCAACACAGUGACUUGCUCAAACACGGGCAAGACGCAUUUUCCGGUUUCGUCAUGCACAACGCUUUAGAAACCUUCAUAUUCUCGGGCUUGCUGCACUUUCCGGCGUUGUUUCACUACGUUGAGUUUUUUCCCGCGGCUUACUACAAACUUUACGAUGUGACUGAGAGCAUCAUGAAAGCUCGGAUGGAGCAGGGCAUUAAGAAAGCUGAUUUCAUCGCCAGAAUGCAAGAACUCAUCGAUGAAGUGUUAGAAAAUCCAGACAGCAAAGCCGCCAAACUCUUGACCAAGGAACACAUCACGGCUCAAGGAGCCAUUUUUUUUCUGGCAGGCUUCGAAACCACUGCCAGUACUUUAGCCACAUUGUGCUAUAAUUUGGCCAAUCAUCCCGAGAUUCAGGACCGACUUCGAGCGGAAAUCAACACAGUUAUAGACGAGCACGACGGACGGAUCGAUUACGAUUCGGUCCAUCAUAUGAAGUACUUGGAGGCUUGCAUUAAUGAAAAUCUUCGACUUAUACCUCCGGUCUAUUUCCAUCUACGCCAAUGCACCAAAGACACGGAGAUCAAACCGGGAUUGAUCAUCAAAAAGGGUGUGAGAGUGGACUUCCCCAUUUACACCAGCCAUCACAAUCCAGAGUUCUUUCCGGAUCCCGAGAAAUUCAAUCCGGAUCGCUUUCUGCCCGAGAACGAGAAGUACAUCCAACCGUUGACGUUCAGGCCGUUUGGCGGAGGGCCUCGAUUGUGCAUUGGACAACGCUUUGCACUCAUUGAGAUGAAGAUUGCCUUGGCCAAGUUGUUGUCUCAUUACCAAGUGAGUCCAUCAGCGAAGACCAAACUCGAGUUUGAAAAGGGAAAUACAUUCAUGUUGAGCUAUCCCGAGCUCAAGCUCAACCUGACGAGACUCUGAUAAAGAUGGAUUUGAAAUGGGGCAUGUGAUUAAAAAUAUGAAGAAUAUACAGAAUUGAAUAUCCACAGAA